CUUAUGGGAGGCGGAUAAUCUUCAAUUACAAGCACUAUUUAAGGAAGUAAAGGAAGUGUAUUAAUAUCUUUUUACAAUAUGGAUUAACCAACAAGUUAAUCACACUAAUCUACACGAAUUUCAGAAGAGAGCACAAUAAACAAUAUUAUUGAACAUAUUAAAGAUAAAAAUGAUUGCUAAAAUGUAAAUUUGUAUUAUGAUGAUACUCCGAUAGAUGAUCUAUCAUUUCUAUUCAUAUAUGAAUAUAUAGAUUUAUUACCCAGGAGAUCCUUUGGUUAUAAAAUUAAUUAGAUGUAAUAAUAAAAUAUAAACCUAAUAUAAAAUGACAAGCAAUAAAAUUAAAAAAUUAAUCAACAAUAAUAAUCUCAAUUAGGAUCAACAAAUCAAAAAAAGCUUUAAGGUGAAGCACAUGGUGAUCAAUCUCAAUAAAAUUCUUAAGUCAAAGCAUCUAUCAAAAAUAAUAGUAAUCUUAAUGAAAAAAAAUAAGGGCCAUCAAUAGUAAUUAGCCCCUAAAACAAUCAAGUGCCUAUUAAUGAGGAUGAAAUUUAGAAAUAACGUAAAUCUGUUUUUCUAAUUAAUUUAAUAAAACAUAUUCAAUAAAAAUAUAUAGAAGCUAAAUAAUUAUGUAAAUAAUAAUUGUAAGAGUUGCAGAAUAAAAAUAAUUAAUUGGAAGUUGAAAAAAAGAAUAUGAGCUAAAUUAUUGAAGAUCUGAGGAGUAAGAAUUAAUAUAUGUAUAAUGAUUACAAUAAAAUAAAAUAGGAUAUUGAAGAAUUGCAGAAUAGAAAUAAAAAUUUAGAAAGUGAAUUAUAAAAAUCUUUUAAUAAGAAUGAUUUAACGAAGACUACUAUUCAAAGUAAUUUGUCCAAAGGCCAAUCAGCUAUUAUGUUUAUUUAAUCCUAAGCUAUUGAAAAGUAGUAACCAUUUUAAAAUAAAUGUGGACAUUAUUUAGACAAAGAAAAAAUUUAAAAUAUAUUAAAAUAAUCUUUAGCAAAUAAAACAAUCGCUUAUUGUGAUUAAUGCAAACCAACAAAAAUUUCAAAUCAAAUUUUAAUCAAGAUAGAGUCUCUAGGUCAAGCAUAUAAAGAGUUUUAAGCUAAUGAGGAAUUAAAAUAAUUAAUGAAUAAUCUUAAAGCGUAAAAAAAAACUAUUUAUAAAUGCUCAAGAAAUAAUUGUAGCUUCUAUUGUAUUUUUAAUAAGUCAGUUUAAAUAUCACCUGAAAAUUCUUUUUGCCCCUUUUGUUUGAUUUAAGGCAUGAAGAUAAGUGAAUGA